UCGCUCUCCGGCCCCAGGUGAAGCGGGCAGAGGCGCAGCUUCGGCGGCCGAGCGAGCGGCUCCCUGCGUGGGCGGGAGCAGCCUGGGGACGCCGGAGCGCUGGGAGCCGCCGCCGCCGCCGCGUGGAGAGGCGGGCAUGCAGGGUGGCGGCAGUGGGCUUCCUGGGUAGCCCUCCUCAAUAUGGUCUUCGUCUGCAGCGGCACCAGCAGCUGCCCCGUCUUGGUCAGCAGCACCCCGGGCUCCUUCGCGCCGGAGCCUCCCCGGCCGUUGGGCGGCGGCGACGGCGCGAGGAUGAUUUCUGGCUCGCUGAAUCCGCCCCGGUUAGGGAUAGGCGGGAAACUUCUGCAAGGGGUCACCGCCGGUCCCGGAGGAGGCGGCGGCGGCGGGAGCAGCACCGGCGGCCCCAGUGCGCUCAGCCCGGGCUUCGGCGACGCCGGGAACGACACGCAGUGCGGCGAGCAGAUCCUGAGCUACGGCAACGUGGAGAAAGUGGUGAUCGGAGCCGCCCUGUCGCUCAUCACGCUGCUGACCAUCGCGGGCAACUGCCUGGUGGUGAUCUCGGUCUGCUUCGUGAAGAAGCUCCGGCAGCCCUCCAAUUAUCUCAUCGUCUCGCUGGCCUUGGCCGACCUGUCGGUGGCCGUGGCCGUGAUGCCCUUUGUCAGCGUGACCGACCUCAUCGGCGGCGAGUGGAUCUUCGGCAGCGUCUUCUGCAACGUCUUCAUCGCCAUGGACGUGAUGUGUUGCACCGCCUCGAUUAUGACCCUGUGCGUGAUCAGCAUCGACAGGUACCUUGGCAUAACCAGGCCCCUCACCUAUCCUGUAAGACAAAACGGGAAGUGCAUGGCUAAAAUGAUCCUUUGUGUGUGGCUGCUGUCUGCUUCCAUUACUUUGCCCCCUCUGUUUGGGUGGGCUCAGAAUAUUAAUGAUGACAAAGUCUGUUUAAUCAGCCAAGACUUUGGCUACACAAUUUAUUCUACUGCUGUUGCAUUUUACAUCCCCAUGUCAGUGAUGCUAUUCAUGUACUAUCAGAUCUACAAAGCUGCCAAGAAGAGUGCAGCCAAGCACAAAUUUGCUGGUUUCCCACGACCUAACGAACACGAAGGGAUGGUUUCGGCAAACGGCGUAGUGAAACUGCACAAGGAAUCUGAAGAGUGUGCCAAUUUUUCACGUCUCCUUAAGCACGAACGGAAGAACAUUUCUAUCUUCAAAAGGGAGCAAAAAGCAGCCACUACCCUUGGAAUAAUUGUAGGGGCCUUUACUGUAUGCUGGCUGCCAUUUUUCAUACUUUCUACUGCUAGACCCUUCAUCUGUGGAACCUCUUGCAGUUGCAUCCCUUUGUGGGUUGAGAGGACAUUUCUCUGGUUGGGUUAUGCCAACUCUUUGAUUAACCCAUUUAUAUAUGCCUUCUUCAAUCGGGACCUGAGGACCACCUACCGCAAUCUGCUGCAGUGUAGAUAUAGGAACAUCAACCGUAAACUCUCAGCUGCAGGCAUGCAUGAGGCCUUGAAGCUUGCUGAAAAACCAGAGUUUGUUCUGUAAGGUCAUUUCCCUUUUAUUACACUUAUUUGCAGGUUCCCAUAUAGGCUUUCUGUUCCAAAUAAAACCAAGUAUAGAUCAAACAAUCUAAACAUAGAUUGCUAGACAUUUUUUGAUUUAUGGGACCACUGAUUAGUGGAGACACCAAAAAUGGUCUUAUGUUUGGAGAAGUUACUGGGACAGUUGACAGGAAGUGAGGGACAUCAUACUUGUCGAAGUGAGUAGGAAAGUGAAAACCCAGGUUAGUAGGUUACUGCGUAUCUGUGACAUCCAGAUUACUUUGUUUGCUGGUGACAAGGAAUACUGUCAGAACAGACACAUUAAGUUAUGAAACAAGAGCACAACAGGAUGUUGAACGCUCCCAGGCAGUAUCCCAGUUCAGGUAACUCAAGUGGCCUCAGUGCAGAAAGCCAUGUGGAUGGUCUUGAGGGAAAUAGAAGUUAUUACAAAAACAAAAAGUGUAGAAGCAUUCCUUGGGUCCUGGGAAAGGAGAUAGUAUUAGAAAGAGACUAAGGCUGGCCCUUCCCUGACUCACUGGGGUAUCAGAAGAAGGGAGGAAAACACGAUCAGACUUGAAAGAUUCUGUUAAUAUAGUCUAUCUCAAUAAAGCUUCAUUCUAGUCUUACUGUGGAGUCAGUUUCCUGGUCUAGACAACCUCUAAUGGCUGAGGGGCAGUCCCUGUAGAUUGAAGGAACUGUUAUGGAACACCAGUAGAUUAGCAAAUAGAUAUGUAGGACCCAAAAGUACUGAUAAGGCUUUAUUUUAAAUAGCUGACUGAAAGAGAUUGCAUGGAUGGAGGUAGAUCUUCUCACCUUUGAACACUUGUAGCACCAAGCAACACCUGAGGGGCAGACAAACAGAGUUGUAGUGGUUGACCUCUGGAAUCAGGUAGUGCCCUUGUUUGACAGGAUCUCUUCUGGGUGUCCUCUUCUGUCAGUAAAACCAACAAUGAAACGAGUGGGACAAUGACUACAGCAACAUUAUGAAAAACAGAAUCAAACCGAACAUUUUAAGGUCAAUGCUGUUGCAGUGAUUGUAGUGGAUACAUCAUUUUUUCCUGGCACCAUGUUGUCUCCACUGAGUUGUCCAACAAUGUGCAAAAGCCCAUUGAAUUCUGGCCAUCAAGAGGAAGACAUGAACCACCCAGCAGUCUAUCGCAAUCAAUUCAUACCACACUUGGUCGAUCAAAUUGCUUGUAUUCAUGCUAAACUGGACUCUAAAGUUUAUACAGAGGUGAUAGAUGCUUCAUUCUUGCACUUCCUGGCUUAUAAAAGUGGCUAUAAGACUGGCUGAGUAGUAAUGGUAUUGGUGAAUGCUUCUUUGCAACAUUGUGUGAUUUCCUUCAUAUUUCAGAGAUAGUGCCGAGAUUUUUGUUACAAGGAAAGAACUCCUUUACAACCCCUCUCUUUUUCAUAAUUUCUGUCCAGUUUCCAAUAUUCCACUGUUGGCAGUGCUGGCAGCUUUCAGGCGUUGGAAGUCCUUGUUCUCUUGGGUUCUCAUGUAUGAUAAAUAUUUUGGUAACCUUGCAUGAGAUUCCUUUAUGUUCCUUUAGAGGG